AUGUUAUUACAUUCUAGCAACACGCUGACAAAAAAAGUGUUGAAGCCACCAGGCGGCGGAAGCAGUGACAUAUUCGGUAGCGGAGCAGACGAAACAAGCCCAAGGCGUGUUAAGAAUCACAAUGCAUCCCAGCUUGGAUCAGCAUUAUACGGCGACAGUGGUGCGAGUACAGGCAGCAGCAGUCCCGAGACACCACGUGCCAACAAGCCCGGUAAUGAUUCUCACAAACGUCUGUUUGGUCCUCCCGAACCCGUUCCCAAAAAUACAAAAAAUCACAUGCGCAGCAACAUCUCCCUCAGCGGAAAUGACAUUAUUGACAAUAUAAACUCUUCGAACUGUCGCACAAUUAAGAACAAUGACACACGAAGGUGUCGAGAUCGCAACCCGGUGACAGGCGCUGGAUACACACCUGACUCCCAGAACAACGUGGCAUCGCACAAUGGCAGCAGCAAUGCCAGCAUUAAUGGUGACUCAAAAUCAACCACUGACUCAUCUCCAUCAAGCACAAAACAGCAGCCGGGUCGUGGUCGCGUUCCACCUGGUGGAUUUUCAUCUGGGCUUUGGUAAAAAGGGAUUACCUUUUUAUUGA